AAAAUAUCAAGACUUGCUAGAUUAUUCUAGCUCUAGAAGCUACUCAGUUAUUCAACUUACUUGAACUUGGCAAUGCGUUUUCUGUCAUUCUCGCUGAUUUGUAUUGUUUUCCCAGCUUUAAGUAUACCUCCUUUAAAAUAUUAUGAAACCCUUACCCACAUUAGCGUUUCAACUCAUGUUAAAAGGUCCGAUGGGAAUCAAAUUUUAUUAAAGCAUCUGAAAUUUAAAAUGUUCAGCAGACUGUUUCAUGUGUCACUUAAAUCAGGCACUGAUGUACUAGCCAAAGGAUUUAAAGCACAUCUUGUUCAUGGAGAUGGUAGGAUGACCUCUUAUUACAUAGAUCAAAGUAAAAUCUUCACUGGACAUCUUUCAGACAAUACAGAAUCAUCAGUAAAUGCCCACAUAGAAGAUACUCUCUGGUUUAUCAUUAUUUUUGAUGGCAAUGAAACUUAUACUGUGGAGCCUGCAAGAAACCUUUUAAAACCUUAUGAAAACCUUCAUAAUGACACCCUUAUUGCUUACAGAGGUUCAGACUUAAAGAGCGAAGGAUCUCACUGUGGUGUUAAAUAUCCUGAAGAUUUUGCAGGGCUGCAUGUUAGACAGAGUAGAGGAACAUUUGCUCAUCAUAGUAAAGGCAGUGCAAAUCGUCCUAGAAGAGAAGAAAAUAGGGAUACCUGCUCCAUGUACUAUGUGGCAGACUACCAUUUCUUCUCUAGGCGCUGUAGGAAACAGUACCUAACCUGCUCCUCCCUGAUGAUUACUUUUGUGGAAAAUGUAAAUGCAAUAUAUAGAAGGUCCAGAUUUGUAGACAGGAACUUUCAUGUUAUUGAAGGCGCAGGUCUUCAGAUAGGGAUGCUAAUUUUGUAUGUGACUCCAACAUAUUCAGCAGACACUAUACAGCCUCACUUCAAUGCCAAAGAUAUUAGGUGGGAAAUGCGAAAUAAACAUAAAUCAUUUUCGUAUUUUACCAGUUACGUUGAAGAUUUUUACUGCCACCACCACUUACUGACUAGUUAUCCGAUGCCCGGCCGUAUAUUAGGAAUGGCCUACAUAGGGGGAGUAUGCCAUUUGCCUGUGAGAGGUUAUCUGGUAAUGAACACUGGAGUCUCGUCAGGUAUAGACAGCCUGGAUGGUGACAUACCAAGUCUACAGUUUAACCUAGUGAUGGCACACGAAGUUGGUCACAUAUUUGGGUCAAAUCAUGACCCAGACACAGGAGAGUGUUUGCCUCCCACAGAAGAUGGUGGCAGGUAUCUGAUGUGGGAUAGAGCUGUCACGGGGCAGAACCCUAAUCACAAGGUACUCUCCCCUUGUUCUCUGAGAGAAAUUGGUGAUCGAUUGAGUUAUGCCUACUGCUUAGUAGAAAAAAGUUCCAUUUCUUAUUUCUGUGGUAAUGGGAUUGUAGAUCCCGGUGAAGAGUGUGAUGCUGGAGCCUUAGGCAUUGCUAAUGCUGAUGAUUGCUGCACUAGUAGCUGCACAUUGGCACCUGGGGUACAGUGUAGUGACAUGAACACCGAGUGCUGUCAGAACUGCAGGAUGGCAAAAAAAUAUCACGAGUGUUACAACAGUGGCAAUAUAGAGUGCAAGAAAAGGAGUGUUUGCAGUGGAAAUAGCUAUUCCUGUCCCCUACCAAAGAAUGCUCAGGACUGGACUCCGUGUUUUGAUGGAGGUUUAUGCUACAGAGGAAGAUGUCUAGGAUUCUGUGAGGUCAAGUCUAUAAAAGAAAAUGUGUCCUUGAAAUCUUGCAUGUGUCAAGGUGACAAUGCAUGCAAGUGGUGUUGUUUUGAUUACAGCUCACCCAAUCAACCAGGCCCUUGUAAGCCAUAUUCAGAUCAAAUUUUAUUGGAUGGACGCCCUUGUUACUAUGGUUACUGCGAGGGGGGAGAGUGUAAGAGAAACAUCACAUCAACCAUUAUGAGGAUAUAUUCCUACCUACAGACCAUCCCAUCAUCAAGCUACAGUUUUGGUGAAUUCUUGAAGUCAAAUAUUGUUUUAAUGGUCAUCUUAGUGGUUUCUUUGUUUUGGAUACCAAUUUCCUGGGUAGUUUAUAACUUAGAUUCUGAAAGUCGGGAGAAAGUUGAGAGGAGAUUUUUCUGCAUUUUCCGAUACAAUUUAGCUGCUGUUAAUAAAGCUCACAUUAAGAGGAUCCAGCAAGUAGCCAAUGUUAUUCAAGUGAAAGAAGAUAAACAGUUCUUAAUUGAGAGCCAAGACACCACAAGACAUAGUGAAGAUUCCGAAGCCACCUCUGUCAAGACAGACACCACAGUUGAAGGAACCACCUUCUCUGAAAAGCUCAGGCGUCCAACAAAAAGACAUAAAAAAAUAAAAGUUCCGCCACAGGAAAAUGAACCCAAAGAAAGUUUGGUUGCCUGUAUUCAGGGCCCAUUUAUAAGGAAUGCAUCAAUCUCUGUUAGAAAGGCUUCAGAUCAAGAGUCUGUAGAAGGCAAUGUGUCAGGGUCUUCAGGUGGGGACCCUAGUUUGUCAACAGAGCUCCAAACACUAGACAAACCUAGGCAGGAUUCAACUAACAUAAAGUGAUUCGUUGAAUCUUUAGAGAGCAAGCCAGCAUUGGAAUUUUAUUUUGUAGAAGUGAUUGCAUGAAGACAGUCCAAUACAGAAAAAACUCUAUUUUUGUUGUGACAUUGAAAUUUUUUUUUUUUUUUUUUUAAUAAAGGCCCUAAGAGUAAUAAUACAUUUUUUUAUAAAUAAAGUAGCAGUAACACUUUAAUUAGCUAUAUAACCCAUGCACAUUAUCUAGCUUUUACUU